AUGGACACAUUCAUUAAUCUCGCUAAACAAGGCUACAGCGCUUAUCAGGAUUCCCAAGAGAACGUAUCAAAGACCGGAGGCCAAGAUUACAACUCUCCCGACAAUCGCCCGUCCCACCACCGCUCUAACGAUGGUCCCAACAUUGACGAAGACGAAGCUAUUCGCACUGCGCAAGAGCACGGAUCAGGAGGCUCAGACCUUUUCUCAAGCGCCUUGAGCUUCAUCUCGAGCAACAAGCACAAACACCAAGAGCCCGUUGACGAAGAGGCUGUCACAAGUGCCCAUUCAAAGGCGUAUGGCAACGGUGAUUCGAGUGGUCUGAGCGCCCACGAUUUGGGUGGCGCAGCUGCCCUUCAGGUCCUCAAGCAAUUCACAUCUGGUUCCGGUGGAGGGAGUGGAUCGCAGACACAGCUUAUCAGUCUGGCCAUGGCAGAGGCUACUAAAUUAUUUGACCAAUCUGGUGGGGCAGCGUCUGGCAACAAACAGGAUGCAGUCAAUUCUGCUGGUCUGACCGUCAUGAAGCUUUUGGUUCAGUCCAAAUUCAGCGGAGCAGUGGGUGGCAGUAACUCCGGUGGGCUGAGUGGUCUUAUGGGCCUCGUGAGUUAUAAAUCUUCCUUGCGCAGUUUAGCUAACAAUCUCCAGGCCAAACAAUUCAUGUAA